UUUUUUUUUUACAGCUGUGUUUGUCAAAUCACUGAAUCAAGGGGCAAUGCGUGUCCCAGGGCAAGAUCACAAGCGGCUUCCAGCUGGAAGCACCGGCUGCCUUGUAAAACGGGCUAAAGCCAUUCCCCAUGUGUUACAGGGCCGGGGGCGCUGCCCUGACUUCUCCCCGGGGCAGCACGGAGGAGGAAUCAAACGGGGAGUGGAUGACGGGCGGGUGGUUUUAACCCUCUUUUUACACAAAAUUGUACAUCUCCGCGAUUUCGAUUCGCCCCCCCCCCAACCUUAUGUUUGUUUUUUUAACCCGUCCAUCUUGUAUUUCUUUUUUUAAAGCCAGGUUUCUGGGGUGCGACGAGCGGCUCGGCCGGCGCGGGGUGGAGGAGCUGUCUCCCGGGGAGACGUGUGCGUGCGCGCGGAGGGGGCUUGCCCAGGCAGCCCCAGGAGGGGAUGCGAUGGGACGUGCUAGCCGAGCGGACCAGCCCCCCAGAACCGCUGUAUAUAAGGAGCCAGAGGACACAGCCUCCGGCCACUAAUAACCGCCCGGGGGAAGCGAGGGUGGGUGCCCCCCAGGCCGCACUCCCCAGCCCUCUUUCUCCCCCGCUGCUAGGAUGGAGGUGAUGGACGCCUGCCAGUUCUCUCCAUCCGAGUUCUUCUACGACAGCUCCUGCCUCUCCUCCCCGGAGCGGGGCUUGGCCGAGGGCCUGGAGCACCGCGUGUCCCCCUCGGGAGCCCGCGCACGAGCCCCGCCGGGCUCCGAUGAGGACGAGCACGUCCGAGCCCCCACGGGCCACCACCAAGCCGGCCACUGCCUCCUGUGGGCUUGCAAAGCCUGCAAAAGGAAGUCCACGACCACGGACAGGAGGAAGGCCGCCACCAUGAGGGAGAGGAGGCGGCUGAAGAAAGUCAACCAGGCUUUCGAGACCCUCAAGAGGUGCACGACGGCCAACCCCAACCAGCGCCUGCCCAAGGUGGAGAUCCUGCGCAACGCCAUCCGCUACAUCGAGAGCCUCCAGGACCUGCUGCGGGAGCAGGUCCACAGCUACUACGGCCGCUCCGAGCCCGCCAGCCCCGCGUCCCCCUGCUCGGACGGCAUGAAUGAGCUGAUGUGCUCACUCUAUUUCCUUCCUGAGACAUGGUCUUCCUACAAACAACAACUGGCUGUUGCAGAGCAGAGGAUGAGGAGUAUAUGUGCACAGAGUCUGGUUCCCAUCAAAAUGAGUCAAGUUGCAAUUUGUGAAGCCCCAGGCAUACAAGGGACACAAUCUAAAACCCCUGAUGACCAGGAGAGCAACCAGUAUGAAAAGCUAUACCAGAGACAUUGCUACCAUUCUAUGUCUAAUGCAAGCCCAGGCCUUUGA